CGCUUUUACGCACCAGAACCAAAACAAGUGCCAACUGCUGUAGGACGGAGAAGACCGUCAGUCAGGAGAAGACGGAUUUAAAGAAGAGCAAGAGGAUCAUAUAUCUUAGGGUUUCACUUUUUGUCCUCUUUUUGUUGAGAGAUUAACGUCUACGUUGUAAGAUUUUUCUUCGGGAACUUUUGGGAAUAUUUUUGCGCACGACGAAUGCUGGCAUCAACUUCUCACUUUUCACUCUUUUGCGUUCACCGGGGAGCAAGAAAUGGCGCAGCUACUCAUCAGAUACUUGCUGGCUUUGACCUUAACGCACACAGUUUUGUCCUCCGGUGUGUUUGAGCUCAAGAUCAAUUCGUUCCACACGGCGCAGCGCAUCUGCAGGAGACACAGGGACUGCCACAUCUUUUUUAGAAUAUGCCUGAAACACGCGGAGGACGUGAUCUCCGCUGAGCCACCGUGCACCUUUGGCACCGGACACACCAACGUGAUCAGGGCCGAUCACACCUCCAUCUCCAGCAGCGCGCCCAUCAGGGUGCCCUUUCACUUCAAGUGGCCGGGGACUUUUUCAUUGAUCAUAGAAGCGUGGAAUGCAGAGUCUCCAACUGAAUACACGGACAACCAGAACAACCUCGUGAGCCGUCUGGCGACCAGGAGGAGACUUGCCAUCGGAGAAGACUGGUCACAGGACGUGCACUUUGGCGAGCAGAGCGAGUUGCGCUACUCUUAUCACGUCUUCUGUGACGAGUUCUACUUUGGAGACGGCUGCGCAGAUUACUGCAGGCCCAGAGACGACACGCUGGGCCACUACACCUGCGACGAGGAGGGCAACCGCAUCUGCCUGGAGGGCUGGAAGGGAAACUACUGCUCUGAACCCAUCUGCUCGGCGGACUGCAAUGAGAAGCACGGCUACUGCGAGGCCCCUGGGGGCUGUACAUGCCGUAUGGGCUGGCAGGGCCCCUCCUGCAGCGAGUGCGUCCGAUACCCAGGCUGCCUGCAUGGGACGUGCAGCCAGCCAUGGCAAUGCAAUUGCCAGGAGGGCUGGGGCGGCCUCUUCUGCGACCAGGACCUCAACUACUGCACCAACCACAAGCCCUGCGCCAACGGAGCGACCUGCACCAACACGGGACAGGGCAGCUACACCUGCACCUGCAGGCCCGGCUUUGGAGGCACCAACUGUGAACUGGAAACCAACGAGUGUGACAGCAACCCCUGCAAGAACGGAGGCAGCUGCAACGACCUGGAGAACGACUACUCGUGCACUUGUCCUCAAGGAUUCUACGGCAAGAACUGCGAGAUCAUCGCCAUGACGUGUGCGGACGGCCCCUGCUUCAACGGCGGCACCUGUGUGGAGACGCCGACGGGAGGCUACACCUGCCGCUGCCCUCCCAGCUACACUGGCUCCAACUGUGAAAAGAAGCUGGACCGCUGCAGCAACCGGCCCUGUCUGAACGGCGGUGAGUGUUUGGAUCUUGGCCAGAGCAUCCUGUGCCGCUGUCAGGCCGGCUACUCCGGUGCCAACUGCCAGAUCAACGUUGACGAUUGCGCCUCAAGCCCCUGUCAGAAUGCUGGAACCUGCCAAGAUGCUGUGAAUGACUACACCUGCUCCUGCACUCUUGGGUACACGGGGAAGAACUGCAGCGUGCGCUCAGACGCCUGUGGUGCUCGUCCGUGCCAGAACGGUGGUACUUGCUUCACCCACUUCACGGGGCCAGUGUGCCAGUGCCCCAAGGGCUUCAUGGGUCCAAGUUGUGAGUUCACGCUUCAGCCCAGUUUCAAACCGGCUCUGCGCCAAACCUCUCAGCCGUCCUCCGCCACCCUCGGCAUCUCCUGCGUUCUCGCUGUCCUGGUGCUGGUUCUGGUGGCGGGCAUUAUCUUCCUGAGGAGGAGGAGGAGACUGCAAGGGAGGAAGCAGCUGAGUGACAUUGCAGUUUACAACGACCUGGAGACGGUCAACAACGUGGGCGGAAGUGAAAGAGAUGCCUUCUUGGUCCCAAACGGCAUGUUCAAGAUCAGCAACAGCACAGCUCGCCUCAGCCUCUCUCUUUGCCCAGACGGCAGAUCUGGGUACAGGCACAAUCCCGCGGAGAGCGCUCCGUCCAGAGGUGAGCGCCAGGACUUCAUGUGGAGGGACGAAGCCGCUCUGGACUCCGGGGCCGGGCUGAGAUGAAACAUAGAGUAAACACUGACGUUUAAAAAUGGGAAUUAUUAGCACUUGUUACGCCUCUUGUUAUGACAAGAGCAUGAUUUGAGAACUCAUCCUGGGGAUAAUAGAUCGUAUAAUGUGUGCGAAUGAGAAACAAAAUGUUGACGAAUGAACUAUUCUGACGAAGAUGAUUUACAAAGAUUAUUGAAAAACUGUACAGGGCAAAGCUCCUACGUGUAUAAUACCCAAAGACUAAUAAUACGUUUUACUUGUCAUUGGACCUACAACACAAACCAAAUACUGAGUUACAAUACCCCAACCUUUGGAAAAACCUGCUCAAAAACACGUUUUAAUGGGUUACUGUCUUUAUUAUGUUCACUUUGUUUAAUUAUUUUUUCAAUCUUCCUUUGGUCAUUUUUUCCUUAUUGUGCGUACCAUCAUUAUUUUUAAUUCUUUAUAUUAUUAUUAUUAUUUAUUUAUUUGAAAACGUGUUGUGUGUUGAUCGCUUCACUUUGAUUGUCGCAGAUGUAGAGAUAUAUUUAUAUGAUGCCGAAUGAAGAUAGACGCUCGAUGUGUUGAUUGUGGAGUUUGUCGUGGGCUGAUGUGAGAUAUCCCAAAGAUAUUCAGCGCAGGGAUAUAAGAAGAAAAGAGAAGGAAAAAAAAGUGCUUUAUCACACAGUCACACCAAUACUGUAAUUUAUAUAUAUAUUUAAAUGUCUUACUACUGAUCACGUUGCUCUUUCAUGUGCCAUUUUUAAUUUCAUGCCAAAGUUUGUGUUUUGUUACACAUUUUCAUUCACAUUUAUUUAAUUUCGUUUGUGUGGUGGUUGUGAUGUGGAAUAAAAUAUUUGCUCAAAUGUGA